AAAAGAAUUAAAAGAGGAAUUAGCAACAAUUAUAAAGGAACAUUUGGAUAAUAAAAACAAAGAGGUUUUAGGCCUUAUGGAUAAAGAUCUUGAAAAUAAAGAAGAAUUAUUAAAAGAUGAAAAGGAAAAAUUAAGAAGAAAAGUUGAGAUUGCUUUGGAAAAUAAAGAAAAGGAAAAAUUGAAAAAUAAAAUAAUAGAGAAAUUUAAACCUGAAGAAGAGGGAUACAUAAAGGAAAACAAGGAAAAGUGGAUAAAAUUAUUAGAAGAAGAUUUAAAUGUACACUUAAGGAAAGAAUUAAUAAAACAAACAAAUGAAUUGAUAAGCAAAAAAGAAGAGGAGAAAAGAAAAAUCAAAGAAAUAAAAAAUAAAUUAAAUGAUGAAAUA